AAUUAAUCACAUUCUUUAGACAUAGUCUCUGUGUUCACCUUCGACCAUAAAUUGAAAUCAUAAUAUUUAGCUACUUACUAAAAAAUUUCUAUUUAUAUUUCUUUUAAUUGCCAAAAAUAUUUAUUUCAAUAUAGAAAGAAAAUGCUUGUCACUAAAUUAUGUACCAAAAAUGUGUUCAACAUAAACAGCGGCAAAAUUAUUCCAAAUGUCAUAAAAAGAAGUUACACAUCCAAUUUAGAUAGUUCAGACACAGUAGAUCUCGCUUACGCUUCGUAUGAGAGCACUUCUGACUACGAGAACUCAUCCCGGCCGCCUUUAGUGAUUUUACAUGGGCUCUUGGGUUCAAAAAAUAAUUGGAACAGUAUGAGUAAAGCAAUACACAGAACGACUGGGAGAAAAGUCAUCAGCGUGGACGCUAGGAACCAUGGAGACAGCAGACAUGCAUCUCAGCACACCUAUAUACACAUGGCACAUGACAUAAUGAAACUGUUGAAGAAACUGGAGUUAUCGAAGAUCUCCAUUCUGGGUCACAGUAUGGGUGGUCGCACUGCCAUGGUGCUGUCUCUACUAUGUCCUGACCUCAUAUCAAGCAUGAUUGUGGUUGAUAUAUCACCAGUGAAGACAAGUCCACAGAUUUUCUCUAUGGCAAACUUAUUUGAUGCAAUGAGCUCUGUCUCAAUAACAUCUGGAAUAGCAAUGUCCAAAGCAAGAAAACUAGCUGAUGAGCAGUUGAAAGCUAUUACUUCUGAUGUGAAUUUGAGGAAUUUUUUAAUUACUAAUCUAAUUCAGACAAACACUGGUGCAUAUACAUGGAGAGUGAACCUGCCAGUUCUAAAAGACAACUUCCAGUCACAUAUAUCUUGCUUUCCAUCAAAUCUAAGAGGCCUACAAUAUUGUGGACCAACUUUAUUCAUAGGUGGUUCAUUAUCAGAUUAUAUUGGCAAAAAUGACUUACGUGAGAUCCAAGAAUACUUCCCAUUAGCUGAAUUAAUCUUUAUAGAAGGUGCAGGUCAUUGGGUGCACAGUCAAAAGCCUGAGAAGUUCCUUGAAGUAGUUUGUAAAUUUUUAGAAGAAAAAUAAUUUUGCCAUUAAUAUAAAUUAAUGUAAAAUAAAUUUUGUAUUAGAUAAAUUUGUGAUUUUUAAAUAGUCAUUGUUAAUGUGCAAUUUUUUGUUGUUCAUUUUCUGUUAUAUACAAAUAUAUUAUAGUGAUGUUAAAUAAAAAAAUACUAUUGUA